GUGUCCUCCGCUGGUUUUCCGCAGCUUUUCUAGCAACAGGGUGAACUUGGGGAGUUAUUCUCUCAAUAGCUGCAUUAUUUCCUUCUUCAAGACGAAAUCGCGCCCGUGGGGGAGAUUGUUUGGGGUCCCAGGAAAAGCGAAGAGGCAGACAAGUGCUGGCCGGCCUAGGAACUGUCAUGCUUGGUUGUAUGCGUUUCCCGCCGGGCCAGUGAUGCUGCGGACUGGACUGAGAUACCGGAGAAAGGAGGACGGUCCUGCUAGUGGAGAAACAUGUCGAGUUUCUCGAGAGCGCCUCAGGUUUUUGUUUCAACCACUGGAAUGGUGUGCUGUCAUCCGAGAUGGGGAAAACUGCGAUUGAAGCAGGAUUCGAGUGGAAGAGCCUUUCAGUUUUGUCAAUGGGCCACUUUUGCUCGAGUUUGGUAUCUUUUAGACGGGAAAAUGCAGCCCCCCGGCAAACUUGCUGCUAUGGCAUCAGUCAGACUUCAAGGAUUGCAUAAACCUGUGUACCAUCAACUGAGUGACUGCGGUGACCAUGUUGUCAUAGUGAACACAAGGCACAUUGCAUUUUCUGGAAACAAAUGGGAACAAAAAGUAUACUCAUCACAUACUGGUUACCCAGGUGGAUUUAGACAAGUAACAGCUGCUCAACUUCACCAGAAGGAUCCAGUGGCAAUUGUAAAACUAGCCACUUAUGGCAUGCUGCCAAAAAACCUUCACAGAAGAACUAUGAUGCAGAGGUUACAUCUUUUCCCAGAUGAGGAUAUACCAGAAGAUAUUCUUAAGAAUUUAGUGGAAGAGCUUCCUCAGCCACGAAAAGUACCCCGGCGUCUAGAUGAGUACACACAAGAGGAAGUGGAGGCUUUCCCAAGAUUGUGGUCUCCACCUGAAGAUUACCGGCUAUAGAAGAAUGAAAAUUGCAGAAAACAACGAGGUGAUUGAAACGUCUUCCUGAUAAAUCUCUCCUAACCUCCAGGACUGAGCGAUGCCGCCACUGCAUUUUGACAGGAAACUUGUUAUGGGCGCUGAAAAUGUGUGGCGAGAGGUCAGGAAGGGACCUUCCUUCGACAGGACAUUGCAAUAAAAUACACUGCUUUAUUAUGUAAUCUGAUUUGAAUGUUACAAAUAGUGAUAAGAAUAAAAUUUCUUACUUGGUUAACUA